UUGGUAUCAUUAAGGUUUGGAGUAAUCAGAAUGGUGUUGAAGUUGUUAACAUUAAAGUUUGGAGUAGUCAGAGUGGUGCUAGAGUCAGUAGCACUAAGAAUUAUGUUUCAAGUACUUUUACUCUUUAUGUAUUCCCACUCCACUCACAAUUACUUACCAAAGUGCUUCCAUGUCUUUGA